AUGGGAAAAGAGUUUAAAGUCAAAAGAAAAUGGAAGAUCUGUUGUGCAGUCACUGCGAUUUUAAUCAUCGUCAUCGCGGUUGUUUUAGUUACUUUAGCAUUCACCCUUUUUAAACCCAAAGACCCCAAAAUCAUCCCUCAAUCGGUCACCCUCAAAGGCUUUCGUUUGGUCGUUUUCCCUUCUAUAACAGGAAACCUUUCGUUGGAAUUAGCUGUGACUGUUGAUAAUCGAAAUUACGGAGGUUUCGACUACGAUAACUCUACCGCUUACAUAAACUAUCAUGGGAAUUUAGUAGCCGAAGCUCCAAUCGGAAAGGACACGAUCCGACCUCGGUCGAAGCACAACGUUAGUGCGUCGGUAAUCAUCUUUGCCGAUAGGUUGGCCGCCGAUGAUAAUUUCUUGAAGGAUUUUUUUGCCGGGGUUUUCAAUUUUACGUCGUCGACACUGUUGCAGGGCAAAGUGAAUGUGUUGAACAUCUUCAAGUUGAAAGCUUCGAGUAGUAGCAGUUGUAAUAUCACAGUUUUUAUCCAAAACCAGACAGCUGAUUCGGCUGGAGGCGAGUACGCCCUGAAUCACGGAUCUUCUUCUUCUUCAUCUGAACCCCAUUUAACGUCUUCAGGUUCAGAUGGAAUAGGCUUCGAUUCAGAAAAUAAUGUAACUUUUGCACCAUCCGGGCCGGGCUCUCAAGGUGGAUCCAUAUCAGACUCAUCAUCCAACCCACCAUCAUCUGCAAUGUACGAGGUCUCCUUGCCAGUGGACGUCGUAGGGAGUACAUCAUCUCUUCUUGUGGACGUUUCGUAA